AAUUAGCUAGACAUAACACUUGGGAUAUAAACACGGAAACAUGGGGAAAAAACACAAAAAACAUAAGCCGGAGUGGAGAACAGUUGAUGACUAUGAGGACAAGGCUCUUGAGAAGCCCCUGAAGCUUGUGCUCAAAGUUGGAGGAAGUGAGGUGACUGAGCUGUCUGGUUCAGGCCAUGAUUCCAGUUACUACGAUGACAGGUCGGAUCAUGAGCGAGAACGCCACAAAGAGAAAAAGAAAAAGAAAAAGAAAAAAUCUGAAAAGGAUAAAGACAAGUAUGUAGAUGAUGAGGAGAGGAGGCGGCGGAAGGAGGAAAAGCGGAAGAAGAGGGAGCGAGAGCAGAAUGAAUCAGAGGCAGCAGCUGCUGCCAGUGCUGGCAUGCCAGUCGAGCCUUUCACACUGUCAAAAACUGUAAGCAUUGCUUUAGAGCCUGAGGAGAAGAAAAAGAAGAAAGAGAGGUAUGAGAUAGAGCCCGAAGUAGAGGAGUUUCACCCCAGUGUGAAGGUGGAAGUAGAGCAGCCAGGAGACAGACCGGUCAGAGCAUGCAGGACACACCAAGAAAACGAGUCCACUCCUCGUCAACAACUCCUGGAGCACUUUUUGAGGCAAUUGCAGAGGAAAGACCCCCAUGGAUUCUUCUCAUUUCCUGUAACAGAUGCAAUUGCUCCUGGUUACUCAAUGAUCAUCAAACAUCCUAUGGAUUUCAGCACCAUGAAAGACAAGAUUAGAAACAAUGAGUACAACACAGUAACAGAAUUCAAGGCAGACUUUAAACUGAUGUGUGACAAUGCAAUGGUGUACAACCGACCGGAGACUGUCUACUACAAGGCAGCCAAGAAACUGCUCCAUACAGGAUUCAAGAUGAUGAGCAAGGAGCGACUAUUGGCUCUGAAGCGCAGCAUGUCUUUCAUGCAAGACAUGGAUUUCACCCAACAGGCAGCCAUUUUGGGAGAUGAAGACUUGACAGCUGAUAUACCUCCUCCAGAGAUAAUCCCCACCCCAGUGGAAUCAGCUAAGAAGUCCCGGAAACAACCUGUCAAAGACAUGAAGGAAGUCAUUAGUUACCUGUAUGAACCAGAGGGAAAUGCUUGUAGCUUGACUGACAGUACAGCAGAGGAACAUGUCCUGGCACUAGUGGAACAUUCUGCAGAUGAAGCCCGGGAUCGCAUCAACCGAUAUAUGCCAAACUCCAAGAUGGGGUAUUUGCAUAAAGAUUCAGAUGGUUCUCUUCUAUAUACUGUUGUAAAUCAGCUUGAUCCUGAUGCUGAAGAAGAGGAAACCCAUAAAGUGGACCUAAAUUCUUUGUCAAAUAAGCUUCUCCCUGGAUUAACAACCUUGGGUUUCAAAGAUGACAGGAGACACAAAGUCACCUUCCUGAGCAGUGCCUACAAUGUCCAGAGCCUUCAGAAGAACUCCAUCUUUCCAGACCUGCUGCCUGACGAGGUAGACAUGCUCUAUUCAGCUUACGGAGAUGACACAGGGGUGCAGUGUGCUUUGAGUAUACAGGAGUUUGUCAAGGGCUGUGGAAGUGUCACUAAUCGGUGGGUUGAUGGACUUCUGGAUAAGAUGACCGCAGGCGAUCACACUAAAGCUGCCAGUCAGAUCCGACAGAAACGAAACAUGAUGCUGAGACCUGAUGAAACCAAAUCCAACCUUUGUGACAUUCAGAUGGCAGAUAGCACUGGCAUAGGAGACAGCGGCUCAGUCCUGGAUUUUAUGUCAAUGAAGGGCUAUCCCGAUAUGUCUCUGGAGAUCUCCAUGCUUAAUUCAUUAGGUAAAACCGUGAAAAAAGAGCCAGGGAAUGAAGAGGGCCAGCAGCAUUUUGAAGAUGCAGACAAACUGCUACAAGAGUUCCAGGAGGCGCAGGUCGACAGAGUCGGCUCCAGACCCUCAUCCAACUUGUCCUCCCUCUCUAAUGCCUCAGAGAGGGACCAGCACCACCUAGGGAGCCCAUCACACCUGGGUGUUGGUGACCAGUCGGAUAUGGUUCAUGAUCCCUAUGAGUUUCUGCAGUCUCCGGAGCCAGAGAGCACAGGCAACAGCUGACCACACACUCUGCUAUUUUGUUAUCCUGGCUACUCGGUGUUUGACUGUUUAAACACCAUGGAGACAACAGGAAUCCCUGAUCUGUUUUAAAGACACAAUAAAAUUGUUUGUAGUGUAAUUGUAUGGUUUUGUAUGAGUGUAAAAUUUGA